GUGUACUAUUUUUAUUUUAAUGUUGUUUACUUGAAACAUUUUGUAGUAUUGAACGAGACGGUAAAUUUCCAACAUGGCGCCACCCAAGACGAAGUUUGCUGAAGGGGAAAGAGUUCUUUGUUUCCAUGGGCCACUGCUGUAUGAAGCAAAAUGUGUAAAGUCGGUCGUGAAAGACAAAACAAUCAAGUACUACAUACACUACAAUGGCUGGAAUAAAAAUUGGGACGAAUGGGUUCCGGAGAGUCGAGCGCUGAAAUUUAACGAAGCCAACCUACAGAAACAAAAAGAGCUUUUCCAGGCCCACCAAGCAACGGAGUAUGAUUUUUCCUUUUGCAGCAAAGCAAAGCGAGCGAGGGCCCAGAAACAGAAGACAGACAAGCCCAAGGAAGCAGAGAAAGACAAGGAGAAAGACAGAGAGAAGGAGAGGGAGCGUGCACCCACGCCGUCUGCUGAGAAGCCUGCCUCCAAGAGGACCAAAACAGAGACAGCAGUACCUUCUGUCGAGUCAGCCAGCAGCACACCGACACCAGAACCCCCCAGGAAAAAGAGAGCACGUGCCGAUGCUACAGUGGAGAAUGAGGAUUCGUUUGUGAACAAGGUUGAGAUCAAGGUCAAGAUACACGAUGAGCUGAAGCCAAUCUUAGUGGAUGACUGGGAUCUCAUCACAAGACAGAAGAUGUUACUUCAUUUACCAGCCAAGAACACAGUGGACUCCGUCCUGGAUGAUUACGUCAAACAUAAGAAAUCAAAGAAAGACAUCACACCAGCCAAAGAGAGUGCCAUAUUGGAAGUAACGCAAGGCCUGAGAGAGUACUUCAACGUCAUGCUUGGCACGCAACUGCUGUAUAAGUAUGAGAGACCACAGUACGCCGAGAUUCUAUCCAGUCGACCAGAUGAACCGUUAAGUAAAAUCUAUGGGGCACACCAUCUCCUCAGACUUUUUGUGAAGCUGGGCAGCCUGUUGGCCUACACCCCUCUUGAUGAGAAGAGUGUCCAGCUCCUGCUGACCCACCUGCAAGACUUCAUGAAAUACCUGCACAAGAACUCCUCCAGCCUCUUCAGUGCUGGGGAUUACGAGACGGCGCCGCCCGAGUACCACCGCAAAGCUCUCUGAAGCCUCUUGAUUGCUGCAACGGUGUAGCUGUACAUGUUUUUGCUUGAGCUUUAACCCACUAGUCACUGUAUCGCCUCAAAACAGCCCUGCCUACUUCUUCCCGUAACGCCUAAAUGCACCCUAGCACUUGUAAAGUUUAUAAAUUCAUCAAGUGAAUAAGUUAAGGAGAAUACACGAGGAAGUGUGGAUUUGUAAUUAGCGCCGAGUGAGAGUGAAUUCGUAAAU